AAACACAAGACUGUCAGUUGAGCGCUCCGCAGCUAAUAACACACAUUUAAAUUAUGUUUUAGUGGCGCUUUUAAUGCGUCCUUUAACGAGUUUAUGUGCAGAAAUGUCUCCGCGCUGACACGUUUAUCAUGGACGACUCUCCUGUGAAUUAUUAGAAGCUUUAGAUGCUGCGUUAGCUAGCUUUAGCGGUUAGCCUGGCUACCGUUAGCCGCAGUAAAAUAGCUUUCAUGGCCCUUCAUGGCUUAGUAACACAUUUAUUUUAGCAUUAUUGUGAUCAAAUACCCUGUUUCACUGUGAGUCUACUGUAGCAGGAUGAUCUCGCAGCUCUUCAUCUUGUCCUCAAAAGGCGACCACCUCAUCUAUAAAGACUUCCGUGGAGAAGCAGGAAGUGAUGUCGUCAGCGUUUUCUACGAGAAGGUGACAGCGCUGACCGGAGACCAGCCUCCGGUCGUCAUGAGUCACAAAGAUCUGCACUUCGUCCACGUCAGACAGGGAGGACUGUACUGGGUCGCCACGACCCGGCUGACUCCUCCCCCCUUCACUGCCAUCGAGUUCCUCAACAGGUUCACUGCUCUGGUUAAAGAUUACUGCGGCAGCCUGUCAGAGAAGUCUGUGCAGAUGAACUUUGCCCUCAUCUACGAGCUGUUGGAUGAAGUCGUGGACUAUGGUUACAUCCAGACGACGUCCUCUGACGUGCUGAAGAACUUCAUCCAGACGGAGUCCGUCUCCUUCAAACCGUUCAGUCUGUUUGAUCUCAGUAACGUGGGUUUGUUUGGAGCUGAGACACAGCAGAGUAAAGUGGCUCCGAGCUCUGCAGCCACCAGACCCAUCCAGUCCAGCAGAGAGCAGGGAGGGAAGAGCGAGAUAUUUGUGGACGUGAUCGAGAGGAUGUCUGUGGUCAUCGGCUCCAACUUUUGGAUGAAGGCCGACAUCGAGGGAGAAAUCCGAGUGAAGUGCUUCUUGCCGAGCUGCUCAGAGAUGCGGAUCGGUCUGAACGAGGAGUUCAGCAUCGGAAAGUCACAGCUCAGAGGUUACGGAGCCGCCGUUCGUGUCGACGAGUGCAGCUUCCACCAGGCGGUCAAACUGGACGAGUUCGACAGCAACCGGAUCCUCCGACUCUGUCCGAGCCAGGGAGAGCAAACGGUGAUGCAGUACCAGCUGAGCGACGCUCUGCCGUCCGCGCCUCCUUUCCGUCUCUUCCCGACCAUCGAGAGGGACAGCGGGGGACGGCUGCUGAUGUACCUGAAGCUUCGCUGUGACCUUCCUCCAAAGAGCGCUGCUAUCAACCUCUGUGCCACCAUCCCUGUUCCCAGAGGCUCCGUGAGUCUGUCGCAGGAGCUCAGCAGUCCGGAUCAGAGCGCCGAGCUGAAGCUGCAGAGCAGAGCCAUCGACUGGCAGAUCCCCCGCUUCCCUGGAGGAACUCAACUGUCUGCUCUGUUCAAGCUGGAGGUCUCCGGCCUCUCCUCUUCCUCCAUGUUGGAAGUCGGUCCGGUCGGUCUGAGCUUCGAGCUUCCUCAGCUCACGUCGACAGGGCUGCAGAUCCGCUUCCUGCGCUUGUCUCCGGUGCAGCCCGGCCCGUCGCAGCGCUGGGUCCGAUACGUGACGCACUCCGACUCCUACAUCAUCCGGAUCUGACGUCCGGAUCAUCUGACGGACUCGCAGUGACCCCAAUAAUGUAAAUGUUCUUUCAAAAUAAGAGCAAUAAGUGGGAGUCACACAUGCACGUCUGCCUCGUGUCAACAGGAAGCUGCCAACAAAACAAAUGACUCCGUAAUUAAUCUGCCAAUAAAUCAUAACUUG